UCUGAUACUUACAUUAAAGAACAUGCCAUGUUAAUAUCAGCUGGUUUUAACCUUUCCAACUCGCUCACAAUCAUCCUGGUGUCCUAUGCUUUCAUUAUUGCUGCCAUCUUAAGGAUCAAAUCAGCUGAAGGAAGGUGCAAGGCAUUCUCUACCUGUGGUUCCCACAUGAUGGCUGUCACAUUGUUUUAUGGGACUCUCUUCUGCAUGUAUGUGAGACCACCCACUGACAAGACUGUAGAGGAAUCCAAAAUAAUAGCUGUCUUCUACACCUUUGUGAGUCCACUGCUGAAUCCAUUGAUCUACAGUCUGAGGAAUAAAGAUGUAAAGCAGGCCUUGAAAACAAUACUCAGGCACAAAGUUAUCAAGACAGAGUUGAUGCCUCUUCCUUUCAAUAAACUGCAACAAUAG